AUGGACUCCCAGGCGGAUUCCUCGACCGGUCUGGGGGUCUACCACCGCGGGAUCGACCUCGCACCACUGGCUCCGUUCUUUGAUAACUUCUUCAUGGGCGAGCAGGAGGAUGCGCAUGAGUUCUUCGUGGCGUUGAUUACUAAACUCGAAGAGGAGGCGCUGUGGUUUGGAAAAAGGCAGACGGGGUCGGACAAUUCCUCGGACGUGACGGACAGCGACGACGUCGAGGAAGGAUCUAGCGAGACCAAGGAAGAUCGUGAGGGGUCAGCGGGUAAUGGUGAGGAGUCCUUUUUCCGCCCUUGCAUCAGCUUAUCGCGCUCUAGAUCUAGGAGUCCAGACGAUUCACCCGCCGCGACGGUGAGAAAGGACAUAGAGGCCGAAGUCGAUAGCGUGCAAACGUGUUUCACUGAAAAUGCGAAGGACGAACCAAACACGUGGCCUCAACGGGCUCUGUGUUCGCCCUCCCAUUUGCGAGGCAGCCACGACGAAUCCCUCAGCAGCGACAUUUCUCACGAUGGGCUUUCGAAUUCACGCGUUUCCUCCACUUCCGUGGGGUCUACGGCCUUGGUGGGCACCACGCCGUGGAUUAACGAUCUUGUGCAGGGCUGUUUGCUGAACAUCAUUCGCUGUCGCCGACCCGGCUGCCUUCACCACAUCGUCACCCAGGAGCCUUUUAUUAACUUAUCCAUCGGCCUUAACAUUGACGACAACGCCAUUUCAACCAAAACGGAGGGCGAGGGGGAAACCAAGAGGACGCCCUGCGUGGAGGAUGUCGAGGAUCCACACUCUCCGCGUGACCUCGAUUUCACAGCCGAGAAAGGCGUCAACGCGGAGAGAGGGAAAAGCGCCUAUGGGGGGACCCAAUCCCACCCGGAGACAUGGAAGGAUGUAGCCGAGGGGACUCCACCGCUGGACCUUCGUCGUCUUUUAUGUCGUUUUGUUCGUUCGUAUGAGCAGCUGGAGGGCUAUGUUUGUGAUGCCUGCGGAUCGACGGAGGGGCAAUAUCAGGGUGGCUGCUUUUACGGCGAUCUUCCACCGGUGCUUGUCCUGCAGUUCAAGCGCUUUGCGGUUUCCUUCUUGGCGAACAGCUCGGUGGUCUUCACGAAGGAUGAAAGCGAGGUCAAGGUGAGCGAGUACAUUGAACUUUUUUCGCUCCCAGAAGAGAACGAUGUGGGCGGCGGGGGGUACGACGUCGCGGCGAAACGAUUUACCGAUACGCUGCUGAAUACGGAGCGAGAAGCCACUCAAAGAAGGAAAACUGUAAUAACCGUAGAAACCGAAGAAGGUAGCAGCGACUCGUCUGGCCUUUCGGAUGAGGAAUGCCUUAUUGAUGCGAUCUGGACUCAAUACCGCCUGCAAGGUACUGUUCUGCAUUAUGGGAAGAACCUGUAUUCCGGGCAUUACGUCGCCGAGUUUGCGGUUGACUUCAGCCCUGACGAAUCGAAGCAGGAUGAUGUUUCUCCACUCAAAAAGAGUAGUUUGACGGAGCCUUGUAAUGGUAGGGUGGAUGUAGAGGCUAAAGGAAGCAAGGAGAAGGAAGGUAGUUCCUUAUCUAAUGAUCAAUUAUCCGAGGAGGCAGAGCCAUCGAGAAGGGUGUGGAAGCUCGCGAAUGACGAGUACGUUCUGACGGAACCCGUGGUGAGUGAGAGGGAGCGGGAGCGUCGUAGUGGACAGUGUUAUUUGUUGUUAUACGAAAAGAUUCUAAAAAAGCGGGUGCGUUGUCCUUUGUGGAAGGUGCUUCCACGUCUUCCAGAUUCAUGGAAUUAA